AUGAAGUACAUCCAAUCCUCUGAAAUUCUUGAUAUCCCAGAAAACGUCCAGGUCAUCAUCAAAUCCCGUAAGGUCCUUGUGAAGGGUCCUCGCGGAGAGUUGAAGAAAGAUCUCGGUCACAUUGAUGUGACUUUUACCAAGCUCUCUAGCUCCCAGAUUAAGAUUAGCGUCCACAACGGUGACAGAAAGCACGUUGCUUCUCUCAGAACUGUGAAGUCGUUGAUCUCUAACUUGGUGAAGGGUGUCACUGUCGGAUUCAAGUACAAAAUGAGAUUUGUGUAUGCGCACUUCCCUAUCAAUGUUAACAUUGUCAAUGAAGAAGGCCAAGACUACGUUGAGAUCAGAAACUUUUUGGGAGAGAAGAGACUCAGAAAGGUUAAGGUUUGGGAAGGCUGCAAGGCUGCCAUCUCAUCUACCCAAAAAGAUGAGCUCGUUGUCGAAGGUAACUCCUUAGAGAACGUUUCCCAAACUUGCGCCGAUAUCCAACAGAUCUGCAGAGUGAGAAACAAAGAUAUUAGAAAGUUCUUGGAUGGUAUCUAUGUUUCCGAGAGAGGACACAUUGUCGAAGCCGCUUGA